CUUCUUUUUCUCCCCAACAAGCCCCUCCCCAGCCGCCGACUUCCUCCUUGAAAAUUGGUGACAAAACUUGGAUAUUUUCCCCUCCUUGUUGUGCAAGAACAAGCUGUGGGACUUAGAACCCUCCCUCUAAAGUUGGAAAUUGCCAAUCUGCUCUGUUCUUCCUUCCCAUCGGCAAGCUAUUGUGGGUGUGUGGGUGUGAAAUUUUGGGUCUUUUCGGUAAGAAUUAGCCCUGAAACUCCUCUCUUUAACCUUGAUUGAUGUUGGGUUCACCCUAAUAUGGUUUGUUCUUCCAAUUUUGGGUUAAUUCCGUGAGUCCCCCUGUAGAAUUGCCACCGGCCUCUUCGCCCUGCCAGGUCCGGUUCUGCAGCUGGAAAAAUUCUGGAAUCUCGUGUUUCAAUUGGGAGGGAACAAUGAGGCUUUGGUUAGGUUCUUGAUUGUUCUAUCACCCCAGCACUUGGAGUGAAUUUUCUAUGUUAGGUGAUCGAGGUAAGUAAAUUAUGGUAACGCCUUCGAUUUCAAAGCAUGUUUUAAAUUGUUUUUGAGAUGGUGGUAAGGUUUAAAUUGAUUUUAUUAGCACCGAGCAUGAUUGGUUUGAAAUGAAAUUGUUUUCAUUUGCAUUGAGUAGAGUAUGUGUAAUAUCCCAAAAUUUUGGGAAAGGAAUUAGGAUAAGGAUUGACUGCUUUUCCUUUUCCUUUUUCUUUUUCUUUCUUUCUUUCCCUCCCCAUCAGACCCGCGUGCCCUGCUCUUCCUCUCCCCCGACCCUCUGCAGCCGACGAACCCCCCAGCCACCGCCACCCAUUUUUCGGCCGGAAAUCCGGCAAAGUUUGGGGAUUUCUCCCUAUUUUCUUGUCUUAGAACACCUGUUGAACCCAGAAAAUCCCAGAUCUGCGUCUUCCUCCCUCUGCUGUCCGUCGGCUUCAACUUGUGGGUUUGAAAUUUCUGGGCAUUUUUCGCCGCGAGUUCCCCUGCAGAAUUUCUUCUUCUCUGCCGUCGGCUUCUCCCCCCCUGCUAGGCUCGGUUUUGCUUGCUAAAUUUUGGUAAGUUGUCGGCUUUUCCAAGCUUAAAAUUACCCAUUUAAUUGCUGGGUUUUGUCCAUUAGUUGAUGCUCUGUGUUGUCCAAAUCUGCUGGGAUAGGGGAUGAAUUUGGCAGCCAUUUUAAAUGUGUUUUGUGCUUAGUUUAUGUAGGAAUUUUGUUAAUUAGGCUGUUGUGAUGUUGUGUAGGAGUAAUCCCGUGACUUAGCCAUUGUUGGCCAAGGCCGUGGGUCUCCAUUGCUUGUCCGGGAAAUUGGAAUGAAUUUUGGUAGCUUUAAGCUAUGUUUUAAGUGUGGUUUAAGUAGAAAAUUAGCUUGUUAUGACUGUUGUGAGAUUUUGGAGAGAAACCCCGUGAAUUAGCUAUGUUUUGUUAAUUUUGGGAGUUGAAGUUACUGUUCACGAGGUACAGUUCACUGGGUACUGUUCAUAGGCACUGUUCACACACAGAGGGUUAACGAUUAACGGGAUUUAAAGGUUUAGUUUGUGAUAUAAGAAUGAAAUUGGAGAUGUUUGAUUAUGUGGAGAUUGAUAGAAAUAGCACUAUGAUUGGGGGUAGUGUUGAUGAUGAUUUCAGUUUGAAUUUAUGGUAGUGCGAUAUUAAUUCUUGGAAUAUUGUGAUUAGGUUUUGAUCGUUCUGUCACCGUAGCACUUGGGUUA